UCCAAUUUCUCAAUAAUUUGCAAGAUUUCCUUCAAAAGUGGAGCAAAUUAUUCUGCUCGGAAAUGCAUAUUCUUCGCAUCCUAAUAUUGUUGUUGUGCUACUUAUCGAUAGAGUUGGUGGAGUCGACGAUCUCAUCAAAAUCCACAGUAUGCCCUGGUCUGCCACGUGGGGCCAAUGUGAGCGUUGGAGUAGUGAUUGAUGAGAGGUCGAGAGUUGGAAAAGAGCAGAAGAUAGCCAUGAAAUUGGCUGUCCAAGAUUUACGCCAUUGUUUGAACUUGGUUUUGCACAUCAAAGACUUACAUGGGAACUCAGCUCUUGCUGCUUCUGCGGCAAUGGAUCUGAUGAAGCACAAACACGUGGACACAAUUGUGGGAACACUAACAGUCGACGAAGCUGCAUUCCUCUCACAACUGAAAACACCACUACCACCCAUCAUCUCCCUCUCUCCGGCAGCCUCACCUCCGCCGCAACUUCCGUUUAUCCAAAUGAGCCACCCCGCCGCCUAUCAAAUCCAGUGCGUGGCCGCAAUCGCUGCCCAUUUCCGGUGGAGGAAGCUCAUCUUGAUCUCCCAAGACUCGACCCUCUUGAGCCACCUCUCCCACGCACUACAAGCCGUGGGCGUGGAUUCCUCCGUCGCCGCCGUCCCCCGCCUUCAGUACUCCCAAACAUUCAUCGAGAGAGAGCUGAAGAAGAUGAUCGCGACUAAUCAUGCCAGGAUCUUCGUCGUCAUGCAGUCCUCUUUCGAGUUCGCAGCGAUCUUGUUCGAGAAAGCCAGGGCUUUAGGAAUGAUGGAGCGAGGCUUCGUCUGGAUCGUGUCGGAAGAGAUCUCGAACCUUCUAGAUUAUUCACCAGUUGCACUCAACAUGCAAGGAGCUCUUGCCUUAAAAACAGAUUAUCCAAAUAAUCACGAGAAUUUAAGAGCGUUUAGCUCCAAAUUUAGAAGAGAAUACGCUUCAAAAUAUCCAUCGGAAGAGGAGAUGAAUCCAAGCAUAUACGCACUCCGCGCCUACGACGCAAUCUGGGCAGUCGCUGGCGCAGAUUUCCAAGGCCUAAGUGGCAGAAUAAGCUUCAACAACGGCUUCCUCUCGCAAAAGCCUGUUUUCCACAUCAUCAACGUGAUCGGUAAGAGCUACAGAGAAGUAGCGCUCUGGUCGCCGGAAUCCGGUUUCUCAGGCGGAGAACUGAGCUCAAUAUACUGGCCGGGAGGCGAGCAAGCCGUUCCACGGGGGUGGAGCUUGGGCAGCAGAGAGGCGCCGUUGAAGAUCGGUGUUCCGGCUCAAGGCGCGUUCAAUCAGUUCGUCAAGGUCACGUACGAUUCCGACCGGAACGCCACUCGGAUCACCGGAUUUUCGAUCGAGGUUUUUGAAGCUGCGGUGAAGCAGCUGCCUUACGAUAUUCACUAUACAUUAGUCCCCUGUUAUUGCUCCUACGAUGAAAUGAUUGCCCAAGUUCACAACAAGAGCUUGGAUGCAGCAGUAGGCGACACAGAAAUAAUGGCGGAUCGGUACGUUUACGCGGAAUUUUCGCAGCCGUACAUAGAGUCGGGUCUGGUGAUGGUGGUGACAGUGAAGGCCGGCCUAAAAGAAUCCAAAUUCAUAGCUUUAAGUCCCUUCACCAAGAACAUGUGGCUGCAGUUCGCCGGCGUGAGCAUGGCAACCGGAGCCGUCGUGUGGCUCAGCGAAUUUGCGGCGGGCAACGACCAGUUCACCAACAACUCCAUUGUGGAAACCAUCUGCUCCAUUCUGUGGCUCUCAGUCACCAUAAUCUCCUUCUCACAGAGAGAGAACAUCAAGGACUCUGCGUCUAAGGUGGUGCUGGCGGUGUGGAUAUGUGUGGUUUUCGUGGUGGGAGCGAGUUUCACGGCCGUGCUGAGCUCGAUGAUGACUGUUCCGAGAUUGGAACCUUCUGUGAGGGAGAUAGAAUUGUUGAGGAACUCCAAUGCAGUCGUGGCAUGCAAUACCAAUUCCUUCAUCUGUCGCUAUCUCGUCAAUAUCCUAAAUUUCAACCCCAACAAUAUCAAGCAGAUCAACUCCAUCGAUGGCUAUCCACGAUCUUUCCAGAAUGGUGAGAUCAAAGCUGCCUUCUUCGUGGCGCCGCAUGCUAAAGUCUUCCUCGCCAAAUACUGCAACGGCUACGUCAUAUCGGGGCCUAGUUUCAAACUAGGUGGCUUUGGAUUUGUAUUCCAAAAGGGGUCUCCAUUGGCGAUCGAUAUGUCAGAAGCAAUACUGAGAGUAUCACAGAGUGGACAUGUUGACACAUUGGAGAAGAACAUGCUACAUCAGUCCAACUGCAGUUGGUCGUCGCAGACGGCGGCCGACGACAUAAGAUUAGGGCCCGGGCCCUUCUCCGGUUUGUUCUUGAUUCUAGGUUGCAUCUUAGGGUUUGCAUUCGUCGUUGCUGUGGCUCGUUUGGUGAGGAACAGUGUGGGUGAUGCACUGCUCAUCAUCAAGAACACAAGUUAUGUGUGGGUCAGAUAUACAUUUUUCAGACAACAGAGCCUUCAGACUAAUACACAAAUCCAGCCCAAUUUCGUAUCACGUUGAUUACUCUAUAUUUACAUCUACGCCUUUUCAUUUCAAGAUGUAAGAAAAUGAACGUUUUCUUGCUUUACUUUUGUGCAUAUUGAUAUAAUACAAUGGUUUACCUAGCUAGCUGUCUCCUUACUAUUUUAAAUUCCAAACUUGUAACUGCCUAUAUAUACCGGUACUAUUCAUUUCCUUUCC